AUGACGGAACAAGGACGAUUUCAAGGUGCUCUCAUCUUUGGACUGGUGGUAGGACUUGUAAUCGGAUGUGUACGAGGGGAGAAACCGGACACCCUGCGCAUCUUGACUAGACACCAACAGUACCGCAGUUUGACACACGCAGCGGAUAUGCUGAAAAUGACAUGGAGCGUGAAUCUGGAGAGGAUUGCCGCCUCAGUGGUGGAGAAGUGUCCCACAUCGGUGGAGGCGGUGCGUUCUCAGCCGGAGCUCCGUGACCUAGGCGCUAAUCUCGGCUCUGAGCCCUAUCCUCCAACCCUGCGGGAUGGCUAUCCCGAGGACAUCCAAACCUCCAUUAUCGACCAGUGGGGAUCCCAACGCUCCCACUUCAACCCUGACAGUGGAUGUCCCACCCAACCCUGUGACUCUUGGUGGCAGGUAGUUUGGUCGAACGCAUCCCAGGUCGGCUGUUCACUGAAGGUCUGUGGAGAUAAAUCCGUCAUGGUUUGCAUCUACAACUCAAGGGCCAAUAACAACACAAACGCCCCAUUCAAGAUUGGAAAGGUCUGUUCUGCUUGCCCCUACGGCUACAGCAGGUGUGAGGAAGAAAUGUGUGUGGCUGAUAAGAAUCCACAGAUUGAACCGGAGCCCGUCCCAGAGUUCUCUCCUGCCGCCUCCAACACCGGCAGCAAAGUUAACACCGAGAGUACUGACAACGGCAGUGACGGCUACACAGUUCCCGACAGUACUAACCGACUGACAAUCCUCCUCACAACAUGCAUCUGCCUUUUCCUUCUCACUCUGCUCGCCUAA